UCAUCUCCAUUUGUCUCAUUCUCCUGCACCAGGCAGCAACAUUCGUCGUUUUAUUCUGUACACCACCAGCCUUUUCCUCCUUUCGUCUUCUUCCCCAAAAUAGCAAAUAAACCAAAUCAAAACCCAUCUCCAAAUCCUCAAUCCCCACCGUUUAAAUACCUCCACUCUACCAUUUGUAGUAACGCCUUCAAUUCUUCAUUUAUUACAGAAAAUACCAUUUUCCUACAAAAACCCACCUCUCUCUCUAUCUCUACUCCCCAAUCCUUCCAAAUGACUCUUUUAUGGGCUCUGUUUCUCACUUCCUGGCUCGCCUUUUCGGCCAUUGCCACGCUCGAUCCAGCCCAAAGAUCCACAUUCAUCGUCCGAAUACGGAACGAUCUGAAGCCAUCCGUUUUCCGCGAUGUAGAUCAGUGGUACAAAUCUACUCUCAAGAGCCUUACUUCCAAUCCUUAUGAAAGUCAAGAUAGCUCGGAAGGUGAUUUUCUUCAUGUUUAUAGAACUGUUUUCCACGGCUUUUCAGCCAAGCUUAGCUCAGCUGAAGCCUCUGAAAUCAAGAACCGGCUUGGGGUUCUUGAUGUCUUCCCCGACCGUGUCCGUCAAAUCCAGACCACACGUUCACCGCAGUUCCUUGGAUUAACGGCUAAUUCUCGCCACGGCCUGCUUGCCGAGUCCAAUUACGGAUCGAACGUCGUGAUCGGGGUCCUCGAUACUGGGAUCUGGCCCGAAAGGCGCAGCUUCAACGACGGAGAUCUCGGGCCGGUCCCGCCGCAUUGGAAAGGAGAGUGCGUGGAAGGGGACAGAUUUUCCAAGUCGAAUUGUAACAGGAAGGUUGUUGGCGCGAGGUUCUUCUUCGCAGGAUACGAGGCGGCGCGCGGCAAGAUCAACGGCUCUGCGGAAAUCAAGUCGGCGAGAGACUCCGACGGGCAUGGGACCCACACCGCGUCGACUGCAGCGGGCGGCCAUGUAUCAGGAGGGUCGAUGCUCGGCUACGCCAACGGCGUUGCGUCCGGGAUCGCGCCAAAGGCGCGGAUCGCCGCGUACAAGAUCUGCUGGUCGUCGGGAUGCCUCGACUCUGACAUACUCGCCGCCAUCGAUCAGGCCGUCGCCGACGGCGUCAACGUGAUUUCGCUUUCGGUGGGGUCCGGCGCCGUGCCGUACUACUACGAUCCAAUCGCGAUGGGCACGUUCGGCGCGGUAGAGCGCGGCAUCUUCGUGUCGGCGUCGGCCGGGAACGAAGGGCCCGGAGAAAUGACGGUCACUAACGUCGCGCCAUGGAUUACGACGGUCGGUGCCGGAACGAUUGACCGUAAUUUUCCGGCCGAUAUUCUGUUGGGAAACGGUAAGGUAAUUACCGGCGUUUCUUUGUACAGCGGCAGCGAUUUCCCGCCGAAACGUUUCUUUCCUAUCGUCUAUGCUUGGAACGCUACAGGUGGCGCGGGAACGAGUUCCCUUGGCCCACUCUGCAUGAAAGGGACGCUGGACCCACAGGUGGUACGUGGCAAGAUCGUGUUGUGCGAUCGUGGAGGGAUUCCACGUGCCGUGAAGGGAGAGGUCGUGAAGGAAGCUGGUGGGGCUGGGAUGAUCCUGGCCAACUCUGCUUAUGAUGGAGAAGGCCUAGUAGCCGACGCGCACGUGCUACCAGCGGUCGCGAUUGGAGAGAAGGAAGGGUAUGACGUGCAUGGCUACCUAGCCACUACCAAAGACGCGCGGGCUACGUUCGUCUUCCGUGGGACCCAGCUGGGUGUACACCCAGCGCCAGUCGUUGCGUCCUUCUCGUCGCGUGGUCCCGACCUGGAGUCUCCGUACAUUAUCAAACCCGACGUGGUUGCGCCAGGUGUCAACAUCCUAGCUGCAUGGCCCGAUGGUGUGGGCCCUACCAAUCUCCCGUCAGAUAAACGCCGGACGGAGUUUAACAUCUUAUCGGGUACGUCGAUGGCGUGUCCCCACGUGUCGGGUCUGGCUGCUCUGCUGAAGGGGGCCAAUCCGGACUGGUCCCCAGCUACGAUCCGGUCCGCUCUGAUGACUACAGCGUACGUACAAGAUAACGUGGGGCACACCUUGCUGGACGAAAAGAGUGGAAACGCCUCGACCGUUUGGGACCUCGGUUCGGGACACGUGGACCCGGAGAAAGCCAUUGAUCCGGGGCUCGUAUACGAUCUUACUGUGGAGGAUUACCUGCAUUUCCUAUGCGACUCCAAUUACACGAGGAGGAAUAUUCGGUCAAUCACGAGGAGGCAGGUAAACUGUACGACGCCGAGAGGCCAGCCUUGGAAUAUAAACUAUCCGUCGAUUUCUGUGGUCUUUGAAGGAUCAACGGCUGGGAUGAAGCAGGUUGAGGUUCGCAGGACGGUGACGAAUGUAGGAGACGGAGCGUCGGUCUAUAAUGUUAAGGUUCGCAAUCCUGUGGGGGCCACUGUUACGGUGGACCCCACGAGGCUGGAAUUUGGCGGGAAAGGUGAGAAACGGUCGUAUGUGGUGAGGAUUACGGCGGCCAGCGUCAACCUGAUGCCGGGGAGUUCGAAGAGUGAGUUUGGUGUGCUGGCGUGGGCGGAUGGGAGACAUGUGGCCAGCAGCCCGGUUGUGGUGACGUGGCAGCUAAAGUACUGAGGGGCGUAUAUCUAUCGGAGGUCUAGAUUUGUACAUACAAUAUAUAGUAUAUAUGUGGUUCCAUACGUAUAACCUACAUACUACAUGUUGUGGGGAUAGUAUAUGGAAGUUAGGAUCUGGUUAACAUCAAAUGUGGAAGUUAUGUAUUGAAAAUAACCGUCGUUAUGUUUA